AUGGCCGAACAACAGAAGCUCACUGUCGCUCCAAGGAAGGCCGACACUCAAAGUGUCGUCAAACGGCUUCAGUCUGAACUCAUGACUCUCAUGAUGUCUCCCACCCCAGGAAUCUCUGCAUUCCCGGACGCAGAUGGCAAUUUGUUGCACUGGACGGCCACAAUCGUUGGUCCCAAAGACACUCCCUACGCCGACCUCAAUCUCAAACUCAGCUUCGAAUUUCCCGGCAACUACCCUUACGCUGCUCCCACAGUACUGUUCAAGACUCCUAUCUACCACCCUAAUAUUGACUUCAGCGGACGGAUAUGCCUGGAUAUCCUGAAGGACAAAUGGAGUGCAGUCUACAAUGUUCAGACCGUUCUUCUCAGCCUGCAAAGUCUUCUCGGUGAACCUAACAAUGCCAGUCCCCUCAACAACGAAGCAGCUCAGCUGCAUCAAAAUGAUCCGGAAGAAUACCAACGGAAGGUGCUGGCUCGCCACCAGGAUAUCGACGAAUGA